AGCUGAUGUGUUAUUUCUUCUCUGCAGCGAAGGAUCAGGAAGUUUGCGCUCUCUCCGUGACUGGGAAGUUUUUAACCUACUAGGACAGGGUUGGGGGGGCCAAGAGUGGAACACAGAUGUUCUAAAGUAGAGCACAGGCUGCAGCCUCCAUCCGGUCGUAACCUAGGAGUAACGUCAGAAACAGUUCAGAAUGACCACUUUAACUCACCGCACCCGUCGCAUGGAAGUAGGCAAGAACUCUGAGAAGAAGGUAGAAAGUGAGGAAGACACUAAUCAAGACAGGAGUCCAGACAGUGAAGACUCUGGGGAUUCUAAGGAUAUCCGCCUCACCCUUAUGGAAGAAGUAUUGCUCCUAGGACUAAAAGAUAAAGAGGGUUACACAUCUUUCUGGAAUGACUGCAUAUCAUCUGGCCUUCGAGGGGGCAUCCUGAUAGAGUUGGCCAUGCGGGGUCGAAUCUAUUUGGAACCUCCUACCAUGCGUAAGAAGCGGCUACUGGACAGAAAGGUACUGCUGAAGUCAGACAGCCCAACGGGUGAUGUUUUACUGGAUGAAACUCUCAAACACAUCAAAGCUACUGAACCCACGGAAACUGUCCAGACAUGGAUAGAGCUGCUCACUGGCGAGACCUGGAACCCCUUCAAAUUACAAUACCAGCUGAGAAAUGUAAGAGAGCGAAUUGCAAAGAACCUGGUAGAGAAAGGCAUUCUAACUACUGAGAAGCAGAAUUUCCUCCUAUUUGACAUGACUACUCAUCCAGUGACCAAUACAACAGAGAAACAGCGACUAGUGAAAAAACUUCAAGAUAGUGUUCUAGAGCGGUGGGUAAAUGAUCCUCAACGUAUGGACAAGCGAACCCUAGCACUCCUGGUGCUAGCCCACUCCUCUGACGUGCUAGAAAAUGUCUUCUCCUCUCUGACAGAUGAAAAGUAUGAUGUGGCAAUGAAUCGAGCCAAGGACUUAGUAGAACUGGACCCUGAAAUAGAGGGGACAAAGCACAGCACCACAGAAAUGAUCUGGGCUGUGUUGGCAGCCUUCAAUAAAUCCUAAAGCCAACAGAUGGGUUUCUCAUUUUCUCCCUGCUGGCCUGGUGACUGUCAGAGACACCCUCACUGAGUUUUGUGUAAUAAGAUGUUUUUCAUUAUUUUUCUUUCCUUCUCUUGAAUCAGACUUGUGAUUUGGGGAGAGCAACCACUUCAGGGCUUCUCCAUAGACCUUGACCUCUAUAAACAAACUUUACUUCUUCCUAUACUUUCACUCCAGAGGUGAAUAAACUGGGUGAGCCCACACACACCCAGUAAACAUUUUCUCUCAUUGUUUAGUUUACUUCUAUCUAGUGUGCUUUUGGACAAGCAAGGUUAUCUAUGUGGGAUUCAGUAUUCUCCAGCCACAGAAUGUGAAUGUGAAUUUGAAUUUGAGAUGAAGAGAAGACCAUAUAUUACAUUUUUUAAAGUCUGUUUUCUAUCUUAAAUACAUGUUUUCAGUCUUGGUCUCUCAGAUUCUGCUAGGUAAUAUAGCGUAUUGAAAUAACUGCCUCUUUGAAUAAGGGUCAAUGGAAACAAACUAAUUUUUAGAGCAGAUGGUCUCUGAGAUUGUAUGUCCUGCUAGUGAUUUUCUCACUUCCCUAUUUAAACAUAAUGAGAGUAUUCCAAAUUGAUCACCUGGUUCUCAUAGCUCUAGAACCAGAAAUAUAUUCUAUCCUCUUUCUGAGCAUUAUUCUAUUCCAUCAUUAGGACAGAAGUCUCAAUGGAAAAAAUACCUCUCUCAAUCACCCCUUUCAUGCAAUCAGCAUUAUUGUAAGGGAAGGAGGUGGUAUCAGAAUUUCUACCCUUUAGCACAUGACUGUCCAGGUUUCUCCAGACAACUCUAAAUCUCACUACUCUGAACUGAGUUGUAAAUUUCAAUUGCUGAAAGGCAGCAAGUCCUAAAUCUAGAUAGUGUAUAUAGACUCCAGAUCUUCCUCCCUACUUUUGGCUUUCUACAUAAAUUAAUAGAUUCAAUCUAUAUUUAAGCAAUCUGGAAUCAUUUUGUCUAUAUUUAAUCCACAGAUACCUUCCUAGUCAUUAGUAUUGUUUCAACACAACCAUCUUUCUAGGCAAAUCUUUAAAAUGUUUUUUUCAAUUUAGUAGUUGAGCGUAAAGAGAAGCUUAUUAAGAAAAAUCCUAUUUGGGAGGGUCGGUUUGGCGACAAAAGCAUACUGAUACAAAGUUCAGGAUUAGGGACAGAAAGUGAACAGGAACCAAGUUGUGCUAAUGUAGAGCAUUUAUUAUGCUUGUAAUGGAUCCUGCCUCUUAACCAUUACAGAGAAAUAGGAUGUCAAAGGUCUAAUACAGGUGACUCAGAUCUGAUACUAAAUCUUCCUGAGCAGGAGUAAUUAAAUCAUAGCUUCCAUCUCUUCUCCAAACCUGUUUAGCCCUACAGAAUUCCCCAACUCAAUACUUCAGGUGUCGCUUAGGUAACUGGAGAAAUAAAUUUUAUCAUGAGACAAAUUCUCAAUGUGAGGUUGAGUAGAGCUUUAGUCCGGCUCUUUAAAAAUUCAAAAGCCAGCCCAUGUGUUGUUUCUAUCUUACUUAGUUUUUCUUUCCAUUUGAACAGUUCGGCAUGAAUUGAAACCAGGUUUUCCUGUGGAAAGUUUCAGCUUGAUUGAGGCACAUGGAAGUUGAAUUGAAUUCUUUCUUGCAACUCUUGGUUCUGUUUAUUUUUAUAUUGUAUCUCAAAAUGGUGUCUUCAGUUUGAACCUGCAGAAUGUUCACUACAAAACACCUCGUUUAAAGCAUAUGGCCUUCACAUUUCCGUAUAAUAAAGAUAAUUAUUGGCU